AACUCUCUUCAGCCUCCCAGAAAAACUUGUGGCUCCUCCUGUUGCGUCUCCGCGGUGCGCGCCGGAGGAGCUCCUUCACUCAGUCCUCACUGGAGGUCCACAGAGGAGGCUGCCCUUAGGACUUUAGACCCGAAACUUUUUUCUCAGGGUUUAACUUUAAAAUUUGUGUCCAGAUUUCCACAAUUUGCAACUUUUUCUUUUUACUGCCUCUGAGAAAUUUCAUUCAGCUGUGCGGUUUCUGGACUUUAUUCACGUUGACAUGGACUAUGAGGAGUUCCCUAGAGAGAAGCAAUCAGGAUUUUGAGUUAUUACACAGGUAGCUGCUGUGUUCCCCCUUUGAAUAAAGAUGGACUGCGUCCUCCAGACUCUGCUGGUCCUGAUGAUGUUGUCCCCAGUGGCCUCCGUCCCCUGCCCCCGGCCCUGCUCCUGCCCCCAGCCCACGGAGCUCCACUGCACUUUCCGCUCCCUCAUGACCAUCCCAGCUACUGUGUCUAAACACGUGGAGCGCAUUAAUCUAGGGUUCAACAGCAUUAAUAAGAUUACAGACAAAUCACUGGCUGGUCUGAGGAAGCUCGAGCUUCUCAUGGUCCAUGGGAACGAUGUCCACAGUCUACCUGAUGGUGUGUUCAGGGACCUUACUUCACUUCAGAUGUUAAAGAUGAGCUACAACAAGCUGCAAGAGAUCAACAGACACACCCUUCAGGGUCUGUGGUCCUUGGCCCGGUUACACCUGGACCACAACCGACUGGAGUUCAUCCACCCAGACGCCUUCCAGGGCCUCACCUCCCUGCGGCUGCUGCAGCUGGAAGGCAACCGGCUUCAGCAGCUGCAUCCAGCCACCUUCUCCACCUUCACUAUGAUGGGCCACUUCCACAUCUCCACUCUGAAACACCUCUAUCUAUCAGACAACGGGCUGACGUCAAUGCCCUCCAGUCUGGUGGCAACCAUGCCUCAGCUGGAGAACUUGUACCUCCAUGGGAACCCGUGGGCAUGUGACUGCAACAUGAGGUGGCUCCAUGACUGGGAUAAAACCUCACCAGGCGUCCUAAAAUGUAAAAAGGACCGGGCCCUUCCCGGAGGCCAGCUGUGUCCCAUGUGCUCCUCUCCAAGGCAUCUCCAGAAGAAAGAGCUCCAGGCUUUGGAAAACCUCGUCUGCAGCAGACCCAUUAUCAUCUCUCCUGACAGGACUUCCCCAUCUGAUGAUGCUGAGAGUGAGGUCAUGACCACAGAGGACUUCAGGGGACCUUUUGGAAACAUCUCCCUGGGCUUGUCCGAUGAACAUGGGAAUGAGGUGGAUCUGGAGUGUGGCAUUGCCGAACCAAGAGAGCUUAGCAACAUCAACUGGGAGCAGGUCAACCCACAACAGAUGGCCGCCAAUAUCACCUUGCCAGUGGAUCUCGAAUGCCCUGUUGAUAGAGAAAAGUAUGAACAACUGUGGAGGCUAGUUGCGUACUACAGCAGUGUGCCAGCUCACUUACAAAGGGGGGUUAUGCUCAAAAAAGAGCCUCACCUAACCUAUGAGUACAAGCAGGACUCCGAGAGGGACGCCCAGUACUUCACAGGUGUUAAAGUUAAUAUCAUGGCCCAACCAGCAUGGCUGAUGCAACCAUCUGCAGAGCUUCAGCUGAACAGACUUCAAUCGUCAGCCAAGGUGGUAAAAUUGAUCAUGAACACAGACUUCUCAGAGACAGUAGAGGUGGAGCUGGCGCGGAGACAGAGGAGGACAUGGGUCAUGAUCGAGUCAACAAACACAACUCGUAAAGUUUUGAGCGCUGUCGUGGGAAGUCCAAGUCAAAUGGACUGUAACGUGCAGAGUUCUGGUCAACCGGUCAUCCACUGGAUGCUCCCAGAUGGCUCCAAGUUGGAGGCACCAGACAGCAGCCCAGACAACAGGGUGUCUGUGUCCAGUGAUGGACGUCUGGUCAUUAAAGCUGUCAGCCACACAGACACUGGAAUGUACUACUGCAUUGCCAAGGUUCAUGGAGACCUUGCUGUCAUGCCAUUCCAUCUGAGAGUGCAGGAAUCAUCCAACCCUCCCCCAGGGGACGACGUCUCAAUUACACCUAUUGAAGGAUUUGCAGGGAACCCCAUUUCCCUGCCUUGUACCGCUUCUGGUUCUCCUGAUGCUGACAUUCACUGGAUUCUACCAAACAGAAACAUAGUUAGUUUUCAAGCCAACUCCUCUCGGGCUUUGGUCUUCUCCAAUGGGACUCUAUAUAUCUCACAGACUCAGUUAUUGGACAGUGGUUAUUAUAAAUGUAUCGCCAUCAAUCAACAUGGUGUGGAUACAAUGACUACAAAAGUCACUCUCGCUCGGCGCAAAGGGUUGAUAAGACCUCUGAGAAAGUUUCCAGCAAGGCCUCAGUCUGCAUCAGGGGUCAACACUCAGAUUAAAGUCCCCACAGAGGAUACAGAGGAGGCAUCAGGAGACAGCGAGGUUGCUCCGGUGGGGGCUCCAACAGGCCGCUUAGAUCCUGUGAGAAGGAGAAUACCUGGAGGUGUUGCUCCAGGCAGGAGGGGCGUUCACCCCUCGAGGAGUAAUUGGCACAGACGGCCGGUUGUUCGAAAACCAACAGGAUCACAAGUUGAAGACAGGAAGAACGUAGUUGAAAACAGGAGGAAGAUUAAUGUGUCAAAGAGUAAAAUAGACCCUGAGAAAUGGGCUGAUAUUUUGGCUAAGAUUAGGGAUCGAAAAGCUCAGAAUACGGUGACACCGCUCCCAGUUCAGCAUACAUCUGAGAGCACAGAGCUGACAACACAGUCACAAGAUACUAUUGAGGGAUCAUCGGAUGGCAUGCGGGAAAAGCAAGCACAGACUUACUUUACAACACCACACACUCCAACACAGUACAUAAAAAUUGAAACGGAUAAACAUAAUACACAAGGCCAAAGCUUACAUGUGACAUCUAAUAGCUACAACACACAUAAUACACUGGAUAUGACCUCAAACAGCCAGCACACACAGAGCAAACAUGCUAUAGCAGACACAACACACACAUACAAUGUACAGCACACAACCCAAGAUACAAACUUGGAUGUACACACAACUUCAAACAGUGUAUUUUUCCUCCCACAGACCACAUCUGUUCCCCUACACACUGUCACUCUCUGGCAGGAUAACACAAACACUGCAAGCAGCAGCAGUACAUUCUCUCUCCUAGAGAACCAUAGCACAAAUACAGAUGUUGAUAGAGUCAAAACAGCUGACGGGUCCAAGCCAGCGGAGAGGAGGGAGAGUAUGGAUAGGCUGGAUGAUGUGGCCAGCUCUAAUAAUGACAGAGAACUCUUUUCAAGGGGAAGUCAAAUUAUCCCUUCAGUCGACCCAAAUGAAUCAAGCCAAGAGGAAAAUGGAAAAUAUCUCAGUGAGACUGCAACAACAUCACAGCGGCACACUGAGCCAAAGGACACAAGACGUGAUGAUUUGAAAUCCCAAGCAAUGCUCACAACAGUGUCCCCAACAACUACACUUAUACCCAGAAGAAGGGGGUCUGAAGAACAACCCCGACAACCACAACAACCUAACUCAAGGAGAAAGAAUGGGGGCCGUCGCAGAAAGCCAAACAGAAGGAAACAAAAGCUGAACAAACCAACUGAGUUUAUUGCAACCACACCUGCAAAUGCUCCCCUAGCAACAGUCAGGACCACUGCGUCCACACAGCUAAAAAUAGCACCAUUAGAGGUUACAACCACCAAUUUCAAUACCGCUGUUCCAUUCAGCAGCAGCCAAGCGGCGUCAUCAGGCAGACUGAGUCAUGAAGACAGCACGGUCUCAGGGCUUGACAAUGAGGCAGCCACCGAACUCUCCCCACAACCAGCUUCUCCCUCCGAAACAAACAGCCAUCCACCCUGGGCCAAACCACUAUUCAAAAGCACAUCAGAGUCCCCGUCGUUUCCAACAGCCUCUCCAGAAGUGGGUCACGGAAAGACAAGUUCUCAAACAGCCUUGAGAAUCUCAGAGAGUGUGUCUCCUCCAAAACGCUCGGAUAUGCUCACAUCAAUCACUCAGCAGAGCUUUACGGACAGCCCUUUUCCACCUGAUAAACCCUCUGAGGAGACGCAUAGGCCAAUCAUUGCUGGAGACCUUGGACCUGUGCCACACUCUGACAAUUCUUCUGGGGGCUUUUACACUAACACGCAACUGCAAACAGAUGUCGGGCAAAAUCAAUCAGACCUAAAGAGUGAAAAGACUGACAUGCAUUUUUCAACAUUGCCAUCCCCUUUGGCCCCAGAUGCUCCCUCGGUCGAGCUCGAAACCUCUAGAUUCACUUCAAGUGGCCUAAUUACCACACUAAGCAUGCCUUUUACGGGCCAUUUAGACACAGAUGUUACCACAAAGAAACCUACAGUACCUGAAAGAUCCUAUCAUGGUGAAAAUAAAACCACAAGCAGUACAUCAGGGGAAGAUCUGUAUGUUAAAGACACUGCUAACAUAGAACAUAAUGGCGGUUCUCCUGUCACAGGUAUCGUCACAACAACACCUUCUUCUACUACUUCAACAAUCCCAUCUAGCAUGGCACCACAUGUCACACUACCCAGAACCACAGAAGCCUCUUCAUUAAGGGCCACCACUCAGGAGGCCCCAAUGAUUAAUCGCAUUCCAGACAGUCAACACCAACCAAUCCAACCCAUCAUCACAUCAACUCCCGACUCCCCUCCUGCGACAACUGACCACAAACUGGAUCUAUUUAUUAGUACAAGUCCAACUCCCACAGCUCUAAAUGUACCCAGCAGGCAGACAUCCACCCCUGUCCCAACAACUGCUGUAGCCCAGACUGAAACAUUCAGAGAGGGACUUGUAACAAGAACUCAGCACCAGCUACCUGGACAAGGGUCUGUUCCAAGAGGGAAGCCAAGGAUAACUAAGAACAAUUUCCAGACUUUCAGCGUGGAAGCUGAAACAGAUGCUCAGCUUCCCUGUGAGGCUGAGGGCGAGCCAAUGCCCUUCCUGUCGUGGACUAAAGUCGCCAGUGGUGCGAGUAUUGCUCAGAACACCAGGGUCCAGAGGUUUGAAGCCCAUCUAAAUGGUACAUUAAUCAUCAGGAACACGCAGCCCAUGGACGGGGGCCAGUACCUUUGCACAGUCCAGAACCAGUACGGCACAGACAAGAUGGUGGUCAACCUUGUGGUUGUGUCUCGGCACCCGAAGGUCCUCCAGCCUCGGCACAGAGACGUCACUGUGCCCCUUGGUGGCAAAGUGGAUCUGGAGUGUACAGUAGAGGGGCAUCCUGCACCUCGAGUGACAUGGGUGCUCCCUAACCUUGUCCACAUGGCUGCUGCACCACUUGGUGUCCCCACCCAACAGCACAUGGCCGUCUUCCCCAACGGAACCCUCCGGAUCAGCCAGGCCACUUACACAGACAGAGGGAUUUAUAAGUGCGUUGGCAGCAGUGUAGCUGGAGCGGACACCGUCUCAGUCCGCCUUUACGUCUCAGUGUUGCCACCAGUGAUUCAUCAGAUUCAACAUGAGAACACCACAGUCCCAGAGGGCAGCACAGCUUACAUUGACUGCACUGCCGCAGGUGCCCCUCAGCCGGUCAUCCGCUGGGUCACACCUGAUGGCAUACAACUCAUCGCUUCCCAGUUCGUUACCGGACAUAACCUCUUUGUCUUUCCCAAUGGGACCCUGUACAUCCGGGGAGUGGGACAGGGAAAUGCUGGGAGAUACGAGUGCUCAGCCAGUAACGCGGUGGCAUCCAGCAGGAGAACGGUGAUCUUGACCGUAAGGAGGAAUCCGUCAUCAGCCAAGGCCAGUAUCACCUUGUCGUCCCCCCAGAGAACAGAUGUGAUCUAUGGGGGGAAGCUGCUGCUCAACUGUGUGGCAACAGGAGAGCCGCAACCCCGGAUCAUCUGGAGGACACCCAGUAAGAAGCUGGUGGAUGCUCAGUACAGCUAUGACCCGAGGAUCAGGGUUUUCCCCAAUGGCACUAUAACCGUUCAUUCUGUGACCGACAAGGACAGCGGUGACUACCUGUGUGUUGCACGUAACAAGAUGGGCGAUGACUAUGUUCUGCUGCGAACCAACGUGCUGACCAGGCCGGCCAAGAUCGAGCAGAAGCAGCAGAGAUCCAGUCAGGAGGUGGUGUAUGGUGGGGAUCUGAAGGUUGACUGCGUGGCCUCUGGUCUCCCCAACCCUGAGAUCAGCUGGGCACUUCCAGACGGCACCAUGGUCAACCCCGUCAAACAGAGAAAUAGUAUCAGUGGAGGGCGCAGUCGCAGGUAUGUGGUGUUUGACAAUGGGACGCUGUACUUCAAUCAUGUCGGCAUGCCAGAGGAAGGGGAUUACACCUGCUAUGCUGAGAACCAACUUGGCAAAGAUGAGAUGAAGGUUAGAGUCAAGGUGAAGGUUGCAGCUUCUCCACCACAAAUCCAGGAUAAGGAUCCAAAGACCGUCAGAGUUUUUUAUGGUGAGACAGUUACACUCCGAUGUAAGGCCAAAGGGGAACCAAUGCCACUCAUCACAUGGAUAUCCCCCACAAAUAGAGUGAUCUCCCCUGCUUUAGACAAAUACCAGGUCCUGGAUGACGGGACAUUGGUGGUUCAAAAGGUCCAGCGUUUUGAUGGAGGUAACUACACCUGCUUGACCAGGAAUAAUGCAGGACAAGACCAUAAAGUCGUAAAGCUGGAGGUCCUUGUGACAUCUCCGGUGAUUAACGGCUUAGGAGGAACUGCCAACUCCAUCAAGGUGACUGCAGUCAAGGAUCAGCAGAAGCUGGUGGACUGUGUAGCAAAAGGAACCCCCACCCCUCGCAUCAUGUGGGUUCUACCAGGAAAUGUGAUUCUUCCCGCACCAUACUACAGCAACAGAAUGACCGUUCACCAGAAUGGUACUUUGGAAAUCCGGUCGCCCAAGAGGACAGACUCUGGGCAGUUGUCUUGUAUCGCUCGUAAUGAAGGAGGGGAGGUCAGGCUGGUGGUCAGCUUGGAUGUGAAGGAGGUUGUCGAGAGGCCACAAAUUAAAGAUAGCCUGUCGCUGACUUUGGGGAAUGCCAUGACUUUGAACUGCUCCUUUGAGGGCUCGACACUACCUCACGUCACUUGGAUCUUACCCAAUGGCAAGCCUUUGCAUAGUGGUGCUCGGUUCUCUAAAUUUUUUCACAGGUCCGAUGGCUCUUUAAUCAUCAGCAACCCCUCUGUUGCUGAAGCUGGUACGUACCGAUGUCUGGGGCUUAGUCCUCGAGGGCACGUGGAGCGUGCAGUCACAUUGUCCCCGGGGCGAAAGCCAGAGGUCAUCAACAGGUACAACUCCCCAGUCAGCGUUACAAAUGGGGAAAGACUUUUGCUUCAUUGUCUAACUAGUGGUGAACCUCUCAGACUAACAUGGACACUACCGAGUGGGGUUGUCCUCAACAGGCCACAGAGAGCUGGACGAUAUGCUAUACUGCCUAAUGGGACACUUGCCAUCCAACAAGUUUCAGUCUACGAUCGGGGUUCCUACGUUUGCAGAGCUGCAAACGAGUACGGCAGCUCACAGCUUCCUAUAUCAGUAAUUGUGGUUGCAUACCCCCCUCGAAUUACCAACGGCCCUCCCUCUGUGACCUAUGCUAAAAGCGGAGUUGCUGUUCAGUUGAACUGCGUAGCAACUGGGAUCCCAAAAGUGGAAGUAGCAUGGGAAACACCUGAUAAAACCCGCUUGGCUGUUAGCGCGCAGCCACGCCUUUUUGGAAAUAAGUACCUUCAUCCACAAGGUUCCCUCAUCAUCCAAACCCCGACAAAAAGAGACGCUGGUGUCUAUCGAUGCACAGCCAAGAAUGCCAUUGGCGUAGACUCUAGAGCUACGAUUCUCAACGUGUUCUGAAGCAUUUCACUGUUCAUAAUGGCCUAUUGCCAUACUGUAUGCCCAAGCAACUGCCUAGUUAAAAGCAGCUAAUGUUUUUAAUGAUCAAGAUGUUGUAAAAACUGCUGUCACAAUGAUGAAAUAAUCAUACUUUCAAUAGCAAGUGUUUGCCAAAGACAUGCUUCUUAUGUUGCAAAGCAGGAUCCAAUAAUGCCUUGGUUUGAUGGUCAUGUUCCACUUUGCCUAAAUUUAUACAUUGCAUAAUUCUAUAUUUCUAUCGGUUUUGCUUGCUGUGCUAUGUUCUUUGUUUUUGUGGAUACCAGGUGUUUGCAGUUUAGCUUUAGGAUAAUGCAUUGUAUGGUUCCUUUGGACAGGGCUGAACAUCAUCUUAUACCAAAUGAUUUCCAUUUUACUCAUAAUAAUUCAUAAUUUUAAAAUGACUGGAACUUCAUCAUAUAAGGUAAUGGCACUUAUGAAUAGUUGUUGUUACCUGAUUGGCGAUACAUAAACCAAACACCAUAAUAAAGCCAAGUUUAAAAGAAAUAAGACUUGACACAUUUCUAAACUUCUGUAUAUUUUAUAUCACUCAGGUAGAUGUAGCACACAGGUCUUUAUAUUCCUACCAUAGAAGGAAAAAUAGUACCAACCAAUCAGGAAAAGGCUACUGCUCUUCUAUGUCAUCUCGUGAAGUCCUUUGACCAAUGUAUAAAAUGUACAUGUGUGUUUUGUGUAAUAAUUGCUAUAAAACAACAGUAGUACAGAAUGUCAUAUAGAUCAAAUGAUUAACUAUAGAGACAGAGCGCACUUAAGGACCGUCCCGCUGGUGGGGAAAACAAUCCAUUGCUCUCCAUUGACU